AUACCGGUCGGGUGCGGUUGUGAAUAAAUCAACCCAGAGCUACCCGAACCCGACCACAGUGUUGUUUAUUUCAAAGUUUCUAUGGAAAAAUCUGAAUCUUAUAUGUUUAAAGUGCAAAACCAAUAGCUUGUAGCAUACGAUUGUACAGAAGAUGUCAGUAAUUGUAUUAUUUUUAAUAGUAUUAAAGCAAAAAGUAAUAAGCAUUAGUACUAUUUUAUUUUUAAAAAGCUAAAAGUUAUGUCACUCAUUGAAAAUGUCUGAGAGCUAUUCUAGAUUAGGUAGGUGAGCUAGAGUUUCACGUGAACUUUAGGUGAGCUAUUCUUCCAUAUUCUUCUACACAUUAGUUUUUCGGUGGUUUUUGCUUGUGUUGCUCUCUCUUCUCCUUCUCUUGGCAUCACACUUCAGUUAUCUUCCAUGUCCUUCAACACUCUUCUUUCUUCUCUUGUCCUCAUUGAGCUCAUCCUUUACACACUUCAGUUGUCGGAGUUGAUUUUUGGCGAUCGGAGACAAGUUAGAAUGAAGGUCAUGGGCUUGCCGGAGGAGAAGAAACUAGCGGCGAUGAAGCUCAUGUAGGUCCAAAUCAGAGAAGAAAUGUCAUCGGUGAAAGAUUGCAGAGGCUCAGUGAGCGAGUCCAACACCCGGAUGAACCCACCCGACAGAUCCGCUCACCCGCAAAACCCGAAUCCGAAUAAUCCGAAGAUGCAAAUGGACAGCUGCGGUUCAGACUAUGUUGUAUUCGGUUUUGGUCGGAUUGGCUUUCUUCGGCCUGAAUCCGACCAUAACCGACCGAUGAUCACCCCUAUUAUAAAUCAUAUUAUAAUGCCAUCUCUUGCGUGUUGUGAUUUUUUGAGUCUUUCUACAUGGCUUCAAGAUCGCCUUUUGUGGUUCUUCAUGAGUCAUGACUAUACAAAGGAUUAUGGUGUCAUUAGACCUAUAGACACUGAAAAUAACAAUUUCAUGAAUAUGGAUCAAGGGUAUUUUUUUAUUAUUGAUCCCGUGAGUGUUCACAGCACAAUUGAUUUCGUGGUUUUUUUUUCCAGGUAUUACCUUCUCAAAUCGUUCCAAUUUUUUUGAAGUUUUGGAACAUCUCUCGUUCAACUUCGUACUGGUGUGAUAGACGACAUCCCCUGCAACAUGCUUUCGUCAAAACCUACAGAUGCACGUAUAGGAUCUGGUUGGCGAAAAUUCUGCAAGAGAAUGGAAAUUAGAGCCGGUGACAUAGUUUGUUUUAGGUUUGAAAAAAUAGCAAAUAUAAUUACUGAAGUUAAGGUGGUUUAUGGAAAUAUUUAAUCAGUUGUUAUUCA